UACUACAAAUCUCUGCGCUGUGUGUGUGGCUGUGACAGCCUUUUCCACGUUUUUCCUAUUCGCGCAUAUUAUUUUUUGCAAUUUGGCAACGGGGCCAGCGUGUUGCUAAUAAUAUUUACAAUCGUUGGAAAAAUUUGUGCAUAAUUGCGAGAGUUAGGCGGCAGCGCGCUUUGUUUGUGCAGCAAAACCGGCGAAUAAUAGGAAGACUCAACCUCAACCACGAAAAUGGAGGCACAAAAAUUGACAGAACUGUUGCGCGCGACCAUUGAUCCGAAUCCUGAGCAAAGGAAAGCGGCAGAGGAUCAAUUGGCACAAAUACACAAAAUUAUUGGCUUUGUGCCCACCAUAUUGCAAAUAGUAAUGCAAACAACACUGGAGCAGCCGGUGCGUCAAGCUGGUGCUGUCUAUUUGAAGAAUCUGAUCAACAGCAGCUGGUCGGAUCAUGAAACGAAACCGGGUGAGCCUAUACCUUUCUCCAUACACGAGCAAGAUAGAGCCAUGAUACGUAGCGCCAUUGUGGAUGCCAUUGUGCAUGCACCCGAAUUGAUCAGGGUGCAACUCUCUGUCUGCGUUAAUACCCUCAUCAAGGCCGAUUUUCCUGGUCGAUGGCCCCAGGUGGUAGAUAACAUUAGCAUUUAUCUACAAAAUCCGGAUGUAAAUGGCUGGAAUGGCGCCUUGCUUACCAUGUAUCAGUUGGUCAAGACCUAUGAAUAUAAACGAUUUGAAGAGCGCACACCAUUGAACGAAGCAAUGAAUCUACUGUUGCCCAUGAUUUAUCAGCUGAUGAUGCAGCUGCUUAAUGAUCAAUCGGAGCAAUCAGUGCUGCUGCAAAAGCAAAUACUCAAAAUCUAUUAUGCGCUUACACAAUACAGUCUGCCAUUGGAACUCAUUACAAAGGAGAUCUUCUCGCAGUGGAUGGAGAUUUGUCGUCAGAUUGCGGACCGUGCUGUGCCUGAUUGCACGCAUCUGGAUGACGAUGAGCGCACCGAGUUUCCCUACUGGAAGACCAAAAAAUGGGCACUACACAUUAUGGUGCGCAUGUUUGAGCGCUAUGGAAGUCCCAGCAAUGUGGUUAGCGAAAAGUAUCAAAAGUUUGCCGAAUGGUAUCUACCCACAUUUAGCUCGGGUGUGCUGGAAGUGAUGCUUAAGAUACUAGAUCAGUAUCGCAAUCGUGUCUAUGUGUCACCACGUGUGCUGACCGACGUUCUCAACUAUAUCAAGAUUGCUGUGAGCCAUGCCUACACCUGGAAACUCAUCAAGCCACAUAUGGUGGCUGUCAUACAGGAUGUCGUCUUUCCGAUUAUGUCGUUUACGGACUCCGAUCAGGAGCUCUGGGAGAGCGAUCCGUAUGAAUAUAUACGCCUCAAGUUUGAUAUCUUUGAAGAUUAUGCUACACCUGUGCCAGCAGCGCAAUCACUGCUGCAUUCGGUCUGCAAGAAGCGGAAGGGCAUACUGCCAAAGGCCAUGGCCACCAUUAUGCAGAUCAUUACCUCACCAAAUGCAGAUAAUAAGCAAAAGGAUGGUGCAUUGCAUAUGAUUGGCACCCUGGCCGAUGUGCUGCUUAAGAAGGAAGUGUAUCGUGAUCAGGUGGAAUCUAUGCUAACCACAUAUGUGUUUCCGGAAUUCCAGAAUCCGGCGGGUCAUAUGCGUGCGCGUGCAUGCUGGGUGUUGCACUAUUUCUGCGAUGUCCAAAUCAAAAAUCCUCAAGUGCUGGCCGAGACCAUGCGUUUGACUACGAACGCCUUGCUCACCGACAAAGAGCUGCCCGUCAAGGUAGAGGCUGCAAUUGGCCUUCAAAUGUUCCUAUCGUCACAGGAUGAGGCGCCACGGUAUGUGGAGUCGCAAAUCAAGGAGAUCACCAAGGAGCUGCUCACCAUUAUACGCGAGACCGAAAACGAAGACUUGACCAAUGUCAUGCAAAAGAUUGUCUGCACAUUCACGGAGCAACUGCUGCCAGUGGCCACAGAGAUCUGUCAGCAUUUGGCCACCACCUUUAGUCAGGUGCUCGAAUCUGAGGAAGGCUCAGAUGAAAAGGCCAUUACAGCUAUGGGACUUCUUAAUACAAUUGAAACGUUACUCAGCGUCAUGGAGGAGCAUCCUGAUGUAUUGCUCAAUUUGCAUCCCAUUGUCAUCAAUGUGGUAGGCCAUAUAUUCCAGCACAACAUUACCGAUUUCUAUGAGGAAACCUUCUCGCUGGUCUAUGACCUCACCGCCAAGUCCAUCUCAUCCGAGAUGUGGCAAAUGCUGGAAUUAAUUUAUCAGGUGUUUAAAAAGGAUGGCGUUGACUACUUUAUCGAUAUUAUGCCGGCACUACACAACUAUGUGACAGUCGAUACGCCUGCAUUCCUAUCCAAUCCCAAUCGUCUGCUCGCCAUAUUGGACAUGUGCAAAACGAUGCUUACCAACAAUCCAGGCGAGGAUCCCGAAUGCCAUGCCGCCAAGCUUAUGGAGGUUAUUAUAUUGCAAUGCAAGGGACAAAUUGAUUCGGUUAUACACAUGUUUGUCGAACUAGCUUUAUCCCGUUUGACACGCGAGGUGCAGUCAUCGGAGUUGCGUACCAUGUGCCUGCAGGUGGUUAUUGCGGCGCUCUAUUACAAUCCGCAGCUACUGCUCUCCAUACUAGACAAGAUGUCGCAGCCAAAUAAUGAACCAAUUAGCUCGCAUUUCAUCAAGCAGUGGCUGCAUGAUACAGAUUGUUUCCUGGGCAUACACGAUCGCAAACUUUGCGUGCUGGGUUUGUGCACGCUAAUCUCGCUUGGUGACGCAAAGCCGCAGGUGCUAAGCGAAGUGGCGGUCAAGAUCGUGCCGGCGCUCAUACUGCUCUUUGAUGGACUUAAGCGUGCUUACGAAUCACGCGCACAGGAAGAGGAGGAGGAAGAAGAAGAUGAGGACAACGAUGAUUGCGAGGAAGCAUUAUCAAGCGAUGAGGAUGAAAUGGACGACAUGGCACCCAAUUAUUUGGACAAAUUGGCGGACUUUGCGAAAACAAAAGGCACUGCCGCUGGAUUUGAGGUAAAAGCUGAGCUCAAGGACGAUGAUGAGGACUCUGAUGAUGAAGCCGAGGAGUCUGUGGGUGAUCUUAACGAAACUGGCCUUGAAACCUUUACGACACCAAUUGAUGACGAGGAAAAUGACAGCGCCAUUGAUGAAUACUGGACAUUCAAGGAAGUUAUAACUGCACUUUCCGCACAAGAUCAGGUGUGGUACUCGCUGCUAACCUCUAAUCUGACGCCUGACCAGGCCAAGGCUUUGCAGGAGGUGGUGGUCACAGCGGAUCAGCGCAAGGCUGCCAAAGAGUCAAAGCUAAUUGAAAAACAAGGCGGCUUUGCAUUUCCACAAACCACCGUUCCCUCAUCGUUCAAGUUCGGAUCUUAAUUGAUAGACAAAUACCCAGGGAUGCACUUGGACACGGACAACUUGAUAGUUUUUUUUAAUUUUCUUUCAAAAAAAAAAAAAAAAAAAAACAAAACGAAAC